AUAAAGCUCUUGAAACAGUAGGGGAAAACACGAUAAAUUUCUGCUGUAAAUAAUGAAGUUGUUUAUUUUGUGUCUUCUGUGUGGAAUUUCCCAGGCGGCCGAAUGGUCAUAUGCUGGCGAAAAUGGUGUGGAGUACUGGCCGAACCGGAAAGAUACCAUGUGCGACCUGAGGGAGCAGUCACCAAUUGACAUACCAUGGGAUCUAGUGUACACAGACUUCGACGCGUUUACCAUGACCGGAUAUGACAAUAUGCAGGCCUCCGGUCUAAAAGUGAAGAAUAAUGGACACACGGCUCAAAUCGAUAUCUUGCCGGAUAAGCAGUCCAGCACGAGACUGUCUGGCGGUGGCUUAAACGGAACAUACUAUGCCGCACAGCUGCAUUUUCACUGGGGCCGCAACGACCACGAGGGAUCCGAGCAUACUUUCAGGGGUCAGAAGUAUCCGCUUGAGAUGCACAUUGUGCACUGGAAAUCGGAAUACAGUACGAUAUCGGACGCCCUGAAAGAACGUGAUGGACUAGCCGUGUUAGGAUUUUUCUUUACGACUGAAGAAGCUGGUGAUAAUGAGAACCUGAAACCACUGAUUGACUCACUUGAUAACAUUGCAUUUAAAGACCAGAAUGCUGCAAUCACUAUUGACUUUGAUGACCUUAUGCCGACAACACACUCACAUUACUACAGAUACAUGGGUAGUUUGACCACACCUGAAUGUAACCAGAUUGUUGUAUGGACAGUUUUUGAAAAUCUGAACACUAUAUCAUCUGCUCAAUUACAAAAGUUCCGAGAGUUAUACGAGAACACGGAAAAUGAACAAAGACACCAUAUAGCUUGGAACUACAGACCUACACAAGAACUGCUGGGUAGAAAAGUGCACAAGAACUUUCAAGAAGAUGUUCCAUCCUCCUGGCAUUGGGGUUAUGAAGGAACUGAAGGAGCACACUACUGGAAGAACUAUUAUCAGACUUGCUCUGGUAACCAGCAGUCACCUAUUAACAUACCUGAAGUAACUGACAUGACUAGAACCAAGUUUGAAGCCAGCAAGAACCUCGAUACACUAGAGUUCACAAACUAUGACAUCAAUAUUGACGGAGAGAUACACAACAACGGGCAUACAGUACAAAUUGAUAUCUCAAAUGGAUAUUCUGGGAAUAUUGGACUGAAGAAAGGUGGAUUGAUGGGUGAUUACACAGUCGGUCAACUACAUUUCCACUGGGGACAUGAUGGCAGUGAGGGAUCGGAACAUACUAUUGAAAAUAUGGCAUACCCUCUAGAGAUGCAUAUUGUUCAUUAUAAAACUGAGUAUAGAAGCAUUACGGGAGCAGUACCUAAACCAGAUGGAUUGGCAGUUAUUGGAGUGGUGUUUAAGACUGAUGCCAAGAUUGUAAAUCCAAACUAUUCAAAGAUCAUUGAUAAGCUACCUGACGUCAAAUACAAGAAUGCCAGAUCACAAAUCACAGGAUUUACUUUGAGAGAAUUAAUCAGCGACAACCUUCGCCUUAAUGAGACAAAUGGACUCCACAUUCCAUUCUACAGAUACAUGGGCGGGCUCACCACUCCCCCUUGUGCACAAGUUGUUACCUGGACUGUGAUGAAAAACCCUGUCUAUAUCACUCCAGAGCAGCUUGCCGUGUUCAGAAGUAUCAGCCAUAUUACCUCAGGACCAAUCGGAAGUCACGAUAUCAUUAAGAAGAACUACCGACCCGUACAGAACUUGGCCGACAGAAUUGUGUACCAGAGUGGAAACUUCAAGGACUUAAUGGACGUAGACACAGCAUCCAGUCUUAUCCCUAGCAUGCUUACAAUUGGCGCCUUUUUAUUCACCGUUUUCCUUCUUUAACGAGACAUGCCUUCCUUAUGAUGUAGUAACAAUUUUGAGAUUAUUAAAUGGACAACGAAUUAUUUGAGAACAGAGACGUUAUAUAGAAACACUCAUUGUUCUGAUGUCUUAUAAUUAUAAAUACCUCUUUAAUAUACAGAUUAUCAAUCAAAUACUUUUUUAAAUAUUGAUGUAGUUAAUUAUAUCUAUUAUUUAUUAAAGUUAUAAAAUUGUACGCAAAAAGAACACCCUCGGGUAUCAAAAUUAAAACAAAGUUUUUGGUAUUAGGUACAAAGUGGGUGUAUUUUUGUCUAAAGUUACAUGUAUAUAACUUUGAGUUUCCAUAUAGUAAUUGAUCAAAUUCUUUAUCUUUGCUUUAAAAAGGCAAUUCCAGGUUUGUUUACUUUUUAAAAUCAAACGAAUCUCAAAGGUGCUGACCACAGGAGAAAAAAAAACACCUGAAAACUCUACAAUUCAAAAUAAAUAAAAAAAGUCAUGAAGGAAAAUAUUACCUGGACCGACUUUUGUAUUGGUUUUCUGCAUGAAGCAAAAUGACACAUGGUGUAGGUUCCCUGAUAUUUCAAAAAUUGAAAAAUUUAGUUUUUCAAAAAGUAUUUUCUUGGUAUCUUGCCAAUGUAACUUCAACUUACAGGUACAUUUGUAAUAUGGACAAGAAUAUUUUUUUCUUUUUUUUGCUCAAGUAAAAAGUAUUAUUUGAUAAAAGAAUAAGAGCGAAAUAUGUAGAUUUAAUUUAGAAUUUAAAUCAAAAUAUAUAUAUUUUUUUGUUAUACAAUUAUGAACCAUUAUAGUCAUCUUAGUAACACAUGAUAAAUGAAAUGUAUUUGUUUUAAAAUACUCUUUUUUUUUUUACUUGAAUGCAUUUCAUAAUACAUGAUGGUUUUGAUAUGAAAUAUUUUCUUGGUUUGAUUUGCAAAAAUGCAUAUAGAAUUAAGGUAACAAAAAGAAAGAAAGUAUAAAGUUUCAUUCAAUAGUUCAUGAAUUGUAUUUAUUUCUUUUUAUAAUUUUUUUAUUUUUUUUUUUAAUCAACGUUACUUUAAAAUACAAGUAUAUACGUGUACUAUUAAGAAAUAAUUUACUUUCAUUUUUUUUUUCUUAUCUAAUCAAAGUUUGUGUGCUCAAUGUAUAAAUAUAUAAUUAUAUACUUACAUAAAUUCUUGUAAAAAAUAAAUAGACUCAUAUACAUAUAUAUAUACAUAUAUAUAAUUAUUACAUAUAUUCAUAUAUAUUAGAAAUGUUUUGUGUGUGAAAAAUGAAGUGUGCUAAAAAUGUGAUAAUGUUGGAAAACUAAUUUUCACCAUUGUUCACAAUUCUUAUUUAACUCCCAUGUUUAUACUAUUUGCGUACUAGAUACUGCAAAUUACUAAAUUAAUAAAAUAUGUAUAUUUUUUCUUCAUAGAGUGCACAAUCAUUUAGGUGAAACGGGUUUUUAUAGUUUUGUGGGUGUGAAAUAUUUAGUCAUAGAUUAGGUAUAGGUGACCAGGCAUUGGGAUAUGAAUUUAAAAGAUGUACUCUUUGGGUUUAUUGACAAUAGGUCACUUAGCAAGUAUUGACACGGUCACUUAGCAAGUAUUGACACGGUCACUUAGAAAGUAUUGACACAUAUGUGCUAAAUAAAUUAUUGUUGUACAUGUUAUAUUUUACUAGAACUCAGUAAAUAUAAGACUUUAUGGAUAUGAAUCAUGUAUUUUUCUUUUCAAUAUUAUAGUUAGACAAAAGUGUGAGCCCAGCCAAGAUGGCUUAUGAGUCAAUUUAAAAUGAAUUUUGCAUGUUGGUUAACAAAACUGGCAAUGAAUAUUCAGUGAUUUACUUUAAUUUUGAUUUUCAUCUUAACAUACAAUGUAUAAUUCAGCUUACUUGAAUCUUGCUUUGUUUUAUCAAAAAACAAGGAUUGCUGGCCCUGUAAUACUAAAAUCAUCCUGGUCACAAACAUUUGAUGGAAUUUAGAAAAAAAAAACAAAACAAAAAAUACACACAACUUUAUGUAGCAAGAAGAUAAUCACGUAGUUAAGUGUUUGACUUGGGCCUUACAACAGGUAGUAGGUUCUACUCGAGUGCCUGUUUGUGCCUAAAAUAAUCAUGAACGCACAGAGGGUCACUUGAGGUCUUCCUACACCAUUAAAGCCGGAAAAUCGCCAUAUGACCUAUAAUGUGUUAGUGCAACAAUAAACCCAACAAAAAAAAAAGUGUUUGAAUUUAAACAUUUUUUAAGCAUUAUUUAACUUCAGUAUUUAUCAAAUGUUUUCUUUGUACAUUAUUAUAAAAAAAUAAAAAAAAUAUAGAAACAAUUUUUUUGUGCUGCACUUAAGUUUUCAUCAAUUUUUCAUUAGUUAUUAUCAAUGCCAGUUUUUGGAAACGGCGGAUACUAGAAAUGCACAUUAAUAUAUUAGGAAAAGAAAUCCAAAUAUAAUAUUAUAUAUUAAUAUCUAUGAUAUUAUAAUAUAGAGCUAUAUCAUUUUCUCAUGAAUUUGUUUAAUAUAAUUUUCAUAUUCUGAUCAAAUAGAUAUACCAAAGUAACCAACUUGAAAGAAAGAUGUUUGUAAAUUGAUAUCUAAUAAAUAGAAGGGCACAUGUGCGAUAUCAUUACUAAAAUUAGCAAUUUGGGAAAAAAGAAAUCAUUUCUUUUUUUCCUUAUAUUAUACAAUCAUGUGUGUUGAAUAAUAAUGGAAUAUUUUCAAGAUUAAAACAUGGAAAUGUGA